AAAAAAGAAGCCAAUUUUACAAAGGCCCUGUCUCUCUCUCUUUCCCUCUCCUCCCGUUUGUUUUUUUCUUUUCCUUUUUGGCUAAUAUCCGUUGCUCCGUAACGAUGUGCCUUCCCCUUCCAAUCGAUGCGCCUUCGUCUUUUAGCUGUUAAGAAAGAAAAAUCGAAAUCAUAUCACACGAAACAAAGAAGGAGAUAGGUCGGUGGUCGACGGCAGGGAAGAAGAAAAGAAGGGGGUAAAAGGAAACUUUCAUAAUGGGGGCGUAUAGAGCCGACGAUGAUUACGAUUACUUGUUCAAGGUUGUGUUGAUCGGCGACUCCGGCGUCGGGAAAUCCAACCUUCUGUCCCGUUUCACCAGGAACGAGUUCAGCCUCGAGUCGAAAUCCACGAUCGGGGUCGAGUUCGCAACUCGGAGCAUCCACGUCGAUGAUAAGGUCGUCAAGGCCCAGAUUUGGGAUACUGCUGGCCAAGAAAGGUAUCGAGCCAUAACCAGCGCAUACUACCGAGGAGCAGUGGGAGCACUGCUCGUCUAUGACGUGACACGCCAUGUCACGUUCGAGAACGUGGAGAGGUGGCUGAAGGAGCUCCGGGACCACACCGACGCCAACAUCGUCAUCAUGCUCGUCGGGAACAAGGCCGACCUGCGCCACCUGAGGGCAGUCUCGACCGAGGACUCCAAGUCGUUCGCGGAGCGAGAGAACACCUUCUUCAUGGAGACAUCCGCUUUGGAGUCGAUGAACGUGGAGAACGCAUUCACCGAGGUGCUCACCCAGAUCUACCGUGUCGUCAGCAGGAAGGCGCUGGAUAUCGGCGACGAUCCAGCAGCAUUGCCUCGAGGGCAGACGAUCAAUGUUGGUGGCAGAGAUGAUGUGUCUGCAGUUAAGAAGGCAGGCUGCUGCUCUUCUUAAAAGAUUUUGGGGGUAAAAACAGAGCAAUGGAGGUCAAUUGUUCUUGUUCUGAAGAAGUGGAGAGUGGUGAGAGGUUUGAGAGCAAGAUUGUUGCUCAAGGAAUAUGUAUUUGUUUAGGUGAUUGUAUAAUCUACCCUGUUCAUAUAUACACGCACAAGUAAAUUUAACUGUUGAGAACUGAGAAUCCUAGUAAAGGCAAAACUAGUGUAGACCUGCUAACCAGAGAUAUCAAUUUCAAAUGUAGCAGUUCUAUUUCUUUGCUUCCAAUGUUCUAUUUGGGGUUUCAACGUUGCUAAUGAAGAACCAAAC